AUCUCCACUCUCCCCAGCCCGAAACUCCUGCGAUUUGGCAACAGACAAUACAAGACAAAACAAGACAGACAAGGUUACCUCUCUACAGGGGUAGAUAAGCAAUCACGAUCAUGGCGACCACCGUUGCUAUAGAUCCAUCAAAUGCCUCCAAGGCGACCCUGAAGCUUGAGAAUGUACGGCUUUAUUCCUUACCACUCCCCCUCUUCCCUCUCACUAAACUACUGCUCCCGGUAUCCCGACUAACAGGCAUUCACUAGACUGAAAAACGAGACACCCUCAUUGCAAUAGAAAAGAAGUACCAGGCAAAAUGGGCUGAGGAAAAAAUUUUCGAGAUUGAUGCGCCAACUCUGGAAGAAGACCCCACAACUGACCCGGACCUCCUGCGCAAGCACCACCCCAAAUUCUUCGGCUGUAUGGCAUACCCAUACAUGAAUGGAAGCCUGCAUGCCGGGCACUCCUUCUCCCUCAGCAAAGUGGAAUUCGCGACCGGUUACCAGCGCAUGAAAGGGAAGCGGGCCCUAUUCCCCCUCGGCUUCCACUGCACGGGGAUGCCGAUUAAGUCCUCCUCCGACAAGAUCAAGAGGGAGGUAGAGCUUUUUGGCAAGAAUUUUGAGAAUCUGCCUGAGGAGGAAGACGAAGAGCCGCAACCAGCGCCAACUAAUGCUGCGACGAGCGAGGAUGUUACCAAAUUUGCUGCAAAGAAGGGUAAAACUGCAGCAAAGGCGGUCAACUUGAGGUAUCAGUUUCAGAUUAUGUUGGCGCUAGGUAUCCCCCUGGAGGAGAUUCAUCGGUUUGCCGAGUCAGAGUACUGGCUCAAGUAUUUUCCGCCAAUCUGCAUGAGAGAUUCUACAAACUUGGGGUUGAGAAUUGAUUGGAGGAGGUCGUUUAUCACUACGGAUGCGAAUCCGUAUUAUGACGCUUUCGUACGCUGGCAGAUGAACAGGUUGAAGGAGCUAGGGAAAAUCAAGUUUGGUGAAAGGUAUACUAUUUACUCGCCGAAGGACGGUCAACCCUGUAUGGAUCAUGAUAGGAGUGACGGCGAGGGAGUUGGGCCGCAGGAGUAUACGGCUAUUAAGCUGAAAGUGCUGGAGUGGACCGAAGAAGGGAGAAAGGAGCUUGCAGGAAAGCUUCCAGAAAGUGCUGAGGUUUUCUUGGUUGCGGCUACACUGAGGCCCGAGACAAUGUGGGGUUUCUCUCCCAUCCCUAGUUAUAAAUUUUGACUGACGAAAUUAGGUAUGGCCAAACUUGCUGCUUUGUCGGUCCUAAGAUUUCAUAUGGCGUUUACCAGGUUUCACCUACCCAGUUCUACGUUUGCACUGAACGCGCCGCCCGGAAUAUGGCUUUCCAGGGUGUCUUCUCAGAACGCGGUGUCUUCCUAUCCGUUGGAACCCUACAAGGCCAGUCUCUUAUUGGUACCUUGGUUCAUGCACCUCUGUCGGUGCACAAAGAUGGCGUCCGUGUUCUCCCUAUGGAAUCGGUCCUUGCUACCAAGGGAACUGGUGUAGUUACCUCUGUACCAUCUGAUUCUCCGGACGACUAUGCUACCGUCAAGGACCUUUCUAAGAAGGCCGAGUACUACAAGAUCAAGAAGGAAUGGGCAGAUCUUGAAAUUAUUCCCAUAAUCAGGACCCCUUCAUACGGAGAGCUGACGGCCGAGUUCCUAGUCAAGAAGAUGAAGAUCAACUCACCAAAGGAUUCCAAGCAAUUGGCUGAAGCGAAGGAGCUUGCAUAUAAGGAAGGUUUCUACCAGGGAACCAUGCUCAUUGGCGACUUCAAGGGCGAGAAGGUUGAGAAGGCCAAACCCAAAGUCCGCGAGAUCUUGUUGGGCAAAAAAGAGGCAUUCGUUUAUAGUGAACCAGAGGGCCACGUUGUUUCCCGUUCCGGAGACACUUGCGUUGUGGCUCUUUGCGAUCAGUGGUAUCUUGACUACGGAGAGACGAACUGGAGAGAGGAAACUGAGACAUUUGUUGGUGAUAAACUCAAUUCGUUCCACGAGGAGACAAAAAAUGGCUUCAUGGCAAAUCUUGCUUGGCUAAACCAAUGGGCUUGUGCACGCUCCUAUGGUCUCGGAAGCAAGCUUCCGUGGGAUCCUCAAUUCCUUGUCGAGAGUUUGUCGGAUUCGACUGUCUACAUGGCGUACUACACUAUCGCGCACUUUCUACAUGUUUCUAUUGAUGGUGCUAGCAUUGGCCCUGCCGGUAUUAAGCCUGAACAGAUGACCGAUGAGGUCUGGGACUAUGUCUUUACUCGCCGUGAUCUCUCCCCGGAAAUUAUCAAGGAGUCGGGAAUCUCAGAGGAAUGGCUUAAGAAACUGCGCAGAGAGUUUGAAUACUUUUACCCUCUUGAUGUCCGUGUUUCGGGCAAGGACCUUAUUCAGAACCACUUAACCUUCUUCUUGUACACUCACAUAGCCCUCUUCCCGCCACAAUACUGGCCUCAGGGAGUCCGUGCGAACGGCCACUUGAUGUUGAAUGGCGAGAAGAUGAGUAAACACACUGGAAAUUUCCUGACUCUUGAGGAGACAGUGAAGAAGUAUGGUGCCGAUGCUGCCCGAAUUGCGUUUGCCGAUGCUGGCGAUGGCGUUGAGGAUGCAAAUUUUGAGGAGAAGGUGUGUCCUGCUUUUCUAAUACCUAAUACGGUGACUAAUUGCUCCAGGUCUCUAACGCGGCCAUACUUCGUUUGUACACCCUAAAGGAAUGGUGCGAGGAUAUGGUCCGCGACGCCAAGGCUGGUAAACUCAGGGAAGGACCAAAGGAUACCUUCUGGGAUCGUGUCUUUGAAAACGAAAUGAAUCAACUGAUUGGGCAAACCCGUGAACAUUUCGAAAGGUAAUUACCCACUACCCCGCUCCCACCUCUCUGCACCCCACCAUUCGCUAACCUACUCAUCCUAAUAUAGCACAUCUUAUAAACUCGCCCUAAAAACCGGUUUUUACGAACUCCAAGCCGCGCGUGACACCUACCGCGAAGCCACUACCAUCAUCCGCCCACACAAGGAUCUAAUAUGCCGCUUUGUCGAAGUCCAAGCCCUACUAAUCACCCCCUUCGCUCCCCACUGGGCAGAUUACAUCUACCGCGAAGUCCUACAAAAGCCAACGAGCGUUCAAAACGCCCUCUUCCCGACCACCAGCGCGCCAAUCUCUGCCGAGCUCACCGCUUCUCUCUCCUACGUCCACGCAACUACCUCGAACAUAACCUCCACCGAAGCCGCGCAAGCCAAACGCAAAGCGAAAGGCAAAUCCAUCGCUUAUGACGCCAACAAGCCCAAGCGUCUCACCAUCUUCGUCGCGCUAGCAUACCCGGCCUGGCAGGAAAGAUAUAUCGACCUCGUCCGGGAGACUUUCGACACGCUCACACUACGCACAGAUGAUAGUUUGUUGAACGCGCGCAUAGCGGGAAUGGGCGAGAUGAAGAAAGCUAUGCCCUUCGUGCAGGGAAUCAAGCGCAGGCUGCAGGUGGAGCCGUACGAGACGGUUUUUAAUAGGAAGUUGGUGUUUGACGAGGUGGCCGUGCUCAAUGAGGUGGUUUCCGGGAUCGGUAAGAUGACUGGCGCGGUGGAGGUUAGGGUUGUGGUUAUUGAGGAGAAUGGGAGAGGGAAGAGGGUUGAUGGUGGCGGCGAAGAAGAGGUGUCUGUUCCGGCUAUAGCUGAGAGCGCGGAACCUGGGAAUCCGAGGUUUGAGUUUGAGAAUGUUUAAUUGAGCGAUGCAUGGUAUAUCACUCGGUAGAAUAUUGAAAUGCGGAUUUCUAAAAUGGGUUUCCUUUUUUAAAAAACAAGACGGGCUUCCUCGGUACCGUGGUCUACUUAUUCUCUAGUUAUUAAGCAGUGGGCCAGUAUCUACAAUUUAUAAUAGAAAUUUCCCACGG